CCAAUAAGCAACCAAAAUGACCCCUCUUUUGAUUGUAUCGUUGCAUAUAAACAGGGUAUAUAUAAAAGUAAACCACCACACUUUACUUGAAACAAUACAUUAAUUAACGUGCUUCGCUAUCUUCAAUACACUUUACAGUAUUUAUUUAUAUUUGUAGUAAAAUAAAAAUAAAAAGACAUCCCUUCCGUCAUCGACGAUCAGUCAUCGGAACUUAUCGUUGCAAUCUACUUUAACCCUACUCCGCAACUCUCAAAUUCCAUAAUUCCCAAUGGCGGAGGAAUUUGUGAAAUCAGUUGAAGAUGGUGUACAUCUAGCAAAAAGGAUUUAUUUCGGCAAAGACAGAGCAGUAGCGCCGCCAAAGCCGAUGUCAGCGAUGGAUAAAGCGUCACGGUCUUACCUGCCGGAAUCACCUAUGUUGUACGCCGUGAUUGGUGAUCCUGCUAUCGUUGAUAACCCUGAUAUACCAAGUUACCAGCCUCAUGUGCAUGGCCGGUGUGAUCCUCCUGCUUUGAUUCCUCUUCAAAUGAACGGGAUUUCACUAGAAGCUGAUUGUUAUUUGGAUACCGCGUUCAUCACUGUUAAAGGAUCAUGGCGUGUGCAUUGUGUUAUGGGUAGCCGUAGCUGUGACUGUCGUAUCGCCGUUCCCAUGGGUGAAAAGGGUUCAAUUCUAGGUGUCGAGGUUGAGUUACCUAGGAAAUCUUACAGCACUAAAAUAGUUACCUUGGAUGAUGAAACAGAAACAGAAAAGGUAGCCAAAAUUGAAGAUGGAUGCUUUCUGAAUCCCCACAUUUUUACCCUUACUAUACCACAGGUGGAUGGUGGAACCAACAUCUCUGUCACGAUUAGAUGGUCUCAGAAGUUAUUAUAUUGCAAUGGCCAGUUAACCCUGGAUGUACCCUUUAGUUUCCCGGACUUCGUCACUCCAGCUGGAAAAAAGAUCUCUAAAAAAGAAAAGAUACAGCUUAAUGUUAACUCUGGUCCUGGAACAGAAGUUUUAUGCAAGACCACUAGUCACCCUCUGAAGGAGCGACAACGUCAGCCAGGAAAGUUGGGCUUCUUUUAUGAAUCUGAAGUCCUAAAUUGGUCAAGUGGUAACUUUGUUUUUUUGUACACGGUUUCCUCAAGUCAUAUCUAUGGCAGUGUUCUUUUUCAAUCAUCCCCACCACUUGACAACGACCCGAGAGAGAUGUUUUGCUGCUCUCUUUUUCCGGGAGACCAGCAGUGUAGGAAG